CCUCAGAUCCUCUUCAUUGGAAGUUGAACUUUAAGAAUAUCUUUAUAUGUCAUUCGUGCAAAAACAUGCGUGUGCGCCGACGGUGCUUAGAUAACAUAAAACCUUUUUUGUAAAUAGAGAACUGUUAUUAGAGUUCAAAAUGAUUCGGACUGUGACCUCCAUGCUGGCUCUCAUAAUGUCGGUGACGGGGCAUGUGGCUGAAGCCUCGGAUUUUGUGUCGCCCUGUCCCAGUGUGUUCAAAUAUGAACCGCAGGGCAAUGAAGUUGGCAAGUGGUAUGGUGUCGCUAAUUUUACUUCGGAGUUUACCCUCUACGGACUGUGGAUGAAUAUCGUGCUUGAUAGCAAGGCUGAUAUACUUGGGAACUGGAUAGGCGAGGUAACGACCGAUGACAACAUAGACUUCAAAAUAGAAAACACUAAAACGAAACUCAGUGCCCAGGAACCUCUCAGUGUACGUUUCUUUGUUCAGUAUAAAUCUCAAAAUGUGACACCUAAGUUAAAGGCCAUAAGGGUCAAUGGGAGAGAAAUAUGCAACAUAGAAAUCCCUCAAGUUACUGAAGGUCCAAAACCUAUAACUGAACAAGUUGUGUAUGAUGUAUGGUCUAGAGACACCGAUAAAACUACUGUGAGACCCACAGUUACAUCAACAACAACUAGUUACAAACAGCAGACGACAUCAACGCAACAAUAUUGGUACCAACAAAUUGACAAGCAACGAACUACUACAAAAUCUUAUUGGACACAAACAACAACGCCAAAUGUUUACCCAGUGAAAUUAGUUGAUAGACAAACCACAACAGUCAAGCCACAAUUCUGGACGGAGGCAAAAACUACAGAAAGCACAACGCAAACCACUUCAAAACCCCAAUACUGGCAACAAACGACUCUAAAACCAAUAUAUUGGGCUAAAGGUGAAGACAAACUACAGACAACUGUUAAACCUCAAGUCUGGCCUUACGAUAAAGCGGAGAACACCCAACAAAAAUCUGAAGAUAAAAUAAACGUUACUACGGAAAAGAAUAAGGUUCAAACUUGGUCACACAGCAGAGUUACUAGUAACCAACACACUAAAACUCAUGAUCAUAGGAACAAAACUAAAGGCCACAGCCAUGGUCAUUCUCAAAAUUCAAACAACUGGCCCAAAAACAACGAAGUACAAAUUGUAGAAAAUAUUCAAACAAAUACAUCAGUCUACAUACAGACUGCAAAUGACAGUACAUACUAUACUACAGAUAAAACUGUAGUUUGGCCAGUUGUGAAGGUAACAGAGAAUCAAACUUUAUUACCUGUAAAUAAAAUAGAAAACAGCUCACACGCUCUGGAUAAACAAAAAGUACAUAUAAAGCAUUGGCCCAAAAUUCCAGCUGACAACAGCACUAUAGUAGUUCCAAAACAGACUGGAGUCGACAGUUCAUCUUUCAUUUGGGUUGAAAGUCAACCGACGUAUAGCGGAGCUGGUCACUACAUUCGGACUGAGACUCCGGCUCAGAAUUCUCCGAUUUACGUUCGGCCUGAAGAUAAGGAAAGGGUGUCAGACAAGAGAUAUGAGACCGCACAAUAUUCACAUGACACAACUAGGUACGAACCUGAAAAGGCUCAAAGAGUAAGUCCAGUAAACACUUACCAGAAGAAAGAUCAGCAAUAUGACAAUGAAGAAGAUCAUUUAGUAGUGAAACCAAUAAAGAGAACUGAUGAAAAUGUGCAGAAACAGAACUGGUCUGGUGAAAGAACAGUAGACUAUUAUGGAGAUAGCCCGCAGAGUUUUGUUGGUCAUCAUACUAAAAACAAAAUGAGAUUGGAAGCAGAGGAUGAUGGCUAUAUUAAGUAUAGUGAUGACAUAAUGAAGGUUUCGGGUGAGAGCACAAAUUCACACUUUAAUAGCUACCAGCUGACCACAGAUGCACCAGCAGCUUUGUUCUACAAGUCUGAAGAUUAUGAUAUUCCGAGGAAGGAGGAUAAGAUCGAGUACUAUGUCGGUGGGCUGCCCGUUUUCUACAUACCCAACCAUGCGCCUCGGCCUAAGAUGGAACUGAUAUGUGGAAACGUUUUAUUGAAUAAGGAUAAGAAGAGUAAUAAGAGUUUAACGGCUACUUUGGAAGGACAGUGGCCGUGGCAAAUAGCAUUGUAUCAGCAACAAACUUCAGUGGACUUCAGAUACAUUUGCGGAGGUACCCUGGUAUCGAAACGGCACGUCAUCACAGCUGCCCACUGCGUCACCAAGAAGUUUUCCACCAGAGUCGUCAACCAGAACACCCUGACAGUAUACCUGGGGAAACAUAACUUGAGGAACUCCGUUGAAGGAGUACAAGUGAAGUUUGUAAGCAGAAUAUUCGUACAUCCAGAAUAUAACUCGACAGUCUUCAGUUCGGACCUGGCAAUCCUGGAGCUUAGAGAUGAGGUGACAUACUCCGAGCGAGUCCAGCCUGCCUGUCUCUGGCCCGAGAAUGAGAAGGAACUCAAAUACGUCGUGGGAGAAAGGGGAUCCGUGGUGGGCUGGGGCUACGAGAGUACAGGGAAGGCGAGAGAGGAGCUGACACUCCUGGAGAUGCCUGUGGUAGACCAGCAGACCUGUCUGAGUUCUUACGAAAAAUUCUUUGGAAUUUUCACCUCCGAUAAGACGUAUUGUGCUGGGUAUAGAGAUGUCGGCUCAGCAUGCAACGGUGACAGCGGAGGCGGCAUGGUCUUCCAAAGGGAUGGCUCUUGGUACCUCAGAGGAGUGGUGUCCCUCUCUGUAGCUUUGAAGGGGAUCUACAGAUGUGACCCGACUCAUUACGUCAUAUUCACUGAUGUUGCCAAGUUCUUACCCUGGAUAGAGGAGCAUGUUGAAGAUUAUAGUAUAUAAGUGUAACUGUACCUGUGUGAUUGUUGCUAUAUAAAGUGUAAACAAUAUACAGUAUGGAGAUCAUUCAUAUGACUUAAAUGAAACUACAAGUAUUACUUGUUCACAGAAGCAUAAUACAACUAAAUAUUUCAAGGAAAACCGAAAAUUAAAAAUAUUAAAUUUUCAAACAAAAUAAAUAAUUAAAUUAAUCAAGUAUUAAAUUCUGUAUGAACAGCUCCAUGUUUCUUGAUCACAGAAGAGCUGUAAUGUUGUAGGUUGUCUAGGAAUGUUAUGGAUAUGUGGCGCGGCUGUUGCAAUGCCGUAUUUGUAAAGAGUGUUCAAAUUAGCUCAAAGAGAAUAAUGCACUUUUUGACUUGCCUACUGGGCCUAUUUUGCUUAUAUUUCGUGUAUCGUCAGCCAAGAGGAUAACAAAUAUGUGGUUUAAAUUAAGUCAUAAGAGGUUUCCCCAUACGGUAUAAUUUUGAGGUAUAUUUUUGUGUAAAAUAGAUAAAUAGAUAGUGUGGCGCGAUUGUACAAUGUAAAACAUUGUUUUCUCACAAAUAUGUAUCAUUGCAAUGUUAGCUAGUUAUCUGUUUUCUCUAAAAAUACGCAUUCUUUG